AUGGCCGAAGAAGAAGAAGAAUCAGAGCUCAGCGAUAAGCACAAAGUGGAAAUCGCCAAAUGGUUCCUCCUCAACUCCCCUCCUGGGGAAAUCCAAUAUGUUGCCAAAGAUGUGAAAUCCAUUCUCAGCAGCGACGAUUUGUACAAUGAGGCCGCUUCCGAGGCUUUUCCCUUUUACAACAAAUCCCACUUAAUUUCCCUUCAAAUGGCCAAUCGAAGCGGAGACGUACUGGUUACUUCGUUUGGCGAGCUUGAGGGAAAUGCAUUUCUUGAACCGAGGACUGCCCAAGUAGCAAUUGUUGACCAUAUUAAACAAGUUUGUACAGAGGUGAGACCUGCCACAGACGAAGAACUUCCAUCUCCAUAUAUUGAAGAAUUUCGAUGCAAUCUGGAUGCUGAAAUUCUUAAAUAUGUUGAAGAAGCUUAUCCGAAAGGUGUCUGCUCUGUUUACUGCAUAAAUGGGAAGGAUGUAGAGGGCCCAGGUUCUGAUUUUGAGCUUGCUGUGGUUAUUUCUGCCGCUAGGCAUAGCCCACAGAAUUUCUGCAACGGGAGUUGGUGUUCAAUAUGGAAUAUUGUUUUCAAAGAUGAACGUCAAACAGUACAAGUAAAGGGUAAAAUUCAGGUGGGUGCCCAUUAUUUUGAGGAAGGAAAUGUGCAGUUAGAUGCGAAACACGAACGCAAAGAUGCAACACUUUUUCAGGGCCCCGAAGAAUGUGCACUUGCCAUAACAAGCAUUAUUCGUCAUCAUGAAGCGGAGUACCUUGCUUCUCUUGAGGCAUCAUAUCUAAGCCUUUCUGAUUCGACUUUCAAGGAUCUUCGGAGAAAGCUUCCUGUAACCCGCACCUUAUUUCCAUGGCAUAAUACUUUGCAAUUUAGCUUGACAAGAGACAUAUCAAAAGAACUUGGCAUUGGAAAGUAA